AUGAAAGUGCGACGAUUUUGCAGAGGCUUUCUAAACCGGGUCUCGUUUGGAGUGAAGUCGGUGAAACCUGGCAACCCUGAGUAGAUCUGAGUGGAAGUGAGCGGAGUCUCAGGUGAGGAGCAGCGGUUCUGUGCUACAGAGCGCGUGCCACACACUGCAGGUAAACCUGUACAGAAUACAUGUUACCAAAGACUUUUAAAGCUUUAUUACUGUUUUUAUUAACUUCUUUUUAACGGUUAAAAGCUUUUUUGUUAAUAAAUUUAUACAGAGAAAAAUUCAGUUACUCAUUAUGCCUGAAUAUCUCAGUCCUAAUGAGCAGCUUUAACAGAACAAACUUCUUCAAAGCACCACCAAAUCCGUGUUUAAAGGAGAUCUGCUGUUUAAAGGAGAUGUACUGUUUAAAGGAGAUCUACUGAUGGUGGUGAUGGCUAGUGGUCUGCUCGUGCUCCAUUUAAAGUCAGUGUGCCAUCAGUUUUCUACAAAUCAGCUGCUUGCUGUCAGUUGAUGAGGAGUGGGGCUGGAAAAGAAGCACCUGGCACCCCCCAAAAAACAAGGGUGAUAUCCUUCUAAUCACUUCACGCUUCCAGCACAGCCCCCUGUCCAGGAUUCUACACGUUCCUGCACACUCCAGAUGUGAGAAGAUGUUGGAAUUUCGGUCUGGUUCGUAACCAAACAGCAAGAAAAGUUUUUUUUUUUUUUUUUUUCACCUCUCAUGGAUCUGUUAUGGAUGUAAUGAAGGACACUUUCUGCUGGAGAAGCAACACCACCAGGAUCCCAGACUGUUUUAAAUGAUUCCUAAUUCAGAUGUGUAGAAGACUUUGUGACAUUGUGAUUUGUGACUUGACGAGGAGCUAGGAUGCCAAAACAGCACUGCAGGAAACUGUCUCUGUUCCAGGCGCUCACCCUUGUUAUGCUGUUGACGUCCCUGGAUUGCCUGUCAUCCCAGGAAACUCAGGGCAGACGUGUUGGCCAUUCAUCUCGAGUGCCUCGGCAGCUGUUUUAUAAGAAUGAGUGGGCUUCGUGGGGAGUUUGGUCCGAGUGCUCUCGUUCCUGUGGAGGAGGAGCGUCCAUCCGCCGACGGACCUGCAUCUACAGGAAUCCAGUUGGAGGCCCAUGUUUGGGAGAUCCCAGGCAGUAUAAGAUCUGCAACACUAAGGGGUGUCCUCCUGGAUCUCUAGACUUCAGAGAACUGCAAUGCAAAGCAUUUGAUGACAAGCCUCUGGUUGCUGGGAGUUACCAGUGGACUACUUUUCAUGGAGGCUCUGACCCCUGUGAGCUCAGCUGUUUGGCUCUGGGACACAAUUUCUACUACAACUUUGGGCGAGUCCUGGAUGGCACACCCUGCACAACCGAGCCUGGGGCCGUAUGUGUGAACGGGAAAUGCCUGAAACCAGGGUGUGACCUGAUCUUUGGCUCCCAGCAGCAGGAAGAUGCCUGCAUGGUGUGUGGAGGCCAGAACACCACCUGCCUUCAUCAUCGUAGUGUGUACCGGAGUAACGGCCAGGAGAUCGGGCCAUUUGGAUACAAUGAGGUCACCAUGAUCCCAGCUGGAGCCACCCACAUCAGAGUGACUGAUAACACCAAAAACUAUUUAGCCCUUCAGAAUGGACAUUCCCAGUUUGUGAUAAAUGGGAACUGGAAGAUCAGUGUUCCAGGGGAGUAUAACGUGGCCGGGACCAAACUGCUGUACCGACGCUCUGCUGAUACAUGGGAAAGUUUUGAGGUGCCCGGGCCGACACAGGAGGACUUGCAUAUUAUGGUUCUAUCCACUGAUGAGAAUUCUGGGAUAGAGUAUGAAUACUGGCUGCCCCCUGAGCUCUACGCCCUGCAUCAUGGAAGGAAGAGUCCAUACCGGCAUCAGCACACAUCAAACUUCCUGCCCUGGGAACUGCCAACUACUACCGCCACCACUACCACCACCACAACGAGACCUCCUGCCACCACGCAGCCUUCAUGGGGUCCUGUAGGCAGACGAAGACCUCCCGUGAGACCUCCCUUUCAGCAGCAGCCACUGCCUCGUCUGGAACGAGAUGAGAAGAGUAACUACCUGCCCCGGAUGCACAGCACAGGUUACUGCGGUAAAUGCAGGAGGGUGAAAGGGCGUGGGGAACGGCAGAGGCAGUACUGCCAGAAGGAUUAUGUCUUCAGAGCCAAGAUCUUGGGGAAGGUCUAUGUUGGCGAGGAGACGCGAUACGACGUGCAAAUUAUCCACACGUACCGCAACCGCUUCCGUCUGGAACGGCGUGAAUACUUAUGGGCCCCCAACAGGUGUGAUUGCCCUGCGCUGGAGGAGGGCUAUCAGUACGUGCUAAUGGUCAGGCGUCACGUAAACCAUGAACAGACACUUGAUCGCAUUCUGCUGGAGGAGGACAGCUACACUCAGCUUUACCGCCCACGUGAGGACAGCCUACUGCGCCCCCUGGAGGAUCUUUGCAGUAACAGGGGACCGAGAACUCACCAGAGAGGGUAGAGGGUGUGGACUUGGGCCCUGUUUGGCUGAAUUCAUUGUGCACUCGUUAUAUUUAAUCCUGCUUAAAAAAAACAACACCACAAAUGAUGAGAAAAAACUACCUGUCGCUGGCUUUAAAAAGUAUCUGUGGAUAUUACAGGAACCCUUGGGAAGAAAAGGAGCCCAUAAGUUCCAGAGUUAAGUCACACCAAAGCUAGUCACUAAAUGAAGCACUUUAGGUGAAUGUUAUAACCUACCUUUAAAAAUGCAUAUACCAAAGAAGAACAUUUUUUUGUUGUAUUAUUAUCAGAGUUAAUGUUGCCUUACAUAUAUUUACCGAUCAACCGUAAUAUUUACUUCUCCUGUCAGUGUUUUUAAUAAAAUUGAUUACCUCAUUACAAUGGCACCUGUCAAGGGGUGGGAUAUAUUAGGCAUUGAUUGUUGAUGCAUUGAAAGCAUGAAAAAUGGGCAAGUGUAAGGAUUUGAGCGACUUUGACAAGGGCCGAAUUGUGAUGACUAAACGACUGGGUCAGAGCAUCUCCCAAAAUCUCCAGGUCUUGUGGGAUGUUCCCGGUAUGCAUUUGGUUAGUACCUACCAAAAGUGGUCCAAGGCUCAUUGAUGCGUGUGGGGAGCGAAGACUAGCCCGUCUGGUCCGAUCUCACAGAAGAGCUACUGUAGGACAAAUUGCUGAAAAUGUUCAUGCUGGCUCUGAUAUACAAGUGUCAUAACACACAGUUCAUCACAGCUUGCUGUACCUGCAGACUGGUCGGAGUACCCAUGCUGACCCCUGUCCACCACCUGCUCCUACAAUGGGCACGUGAGCAUCAAAACAGAACUACGGCACAAUGGAAGAAUGUGGCCUGGUCUAAUGAGUCUUGUUUUCUUUUACAUCAUGUGGCGGCUGGGUACAUAUGCGUCGCUUACCUGGGGAAGAGAUGGCACCAGGAUGGGAAGAAGGCAAGCUGGAGGAGGAAGUGUGAUGCUCUGGGCAAUGUUCUGCUGGGAAACCUUGAGUCCUGGCAUUCAUGUUGCUGUUAUUUUAACACACAUACCACCUACUUAAACGUUGUUGUAGUCCAUGUACACCCCUUCAUGCCAAUGGUAUUCCCUAAUGGCAGUGGCCUCAUUCAGCAGGAUAAUGCACCAUGUCACACUGCAAAACUUGUUAAGAUGGUUUGAGGACACAGAGCUCAAGGUAUUGACUUGGCCUCCAAAUUCCCCAGAUCUCAAUCCGAUUGGAGGCCUCACCUCAGUGCUUACAGGAUUUAAAGGAUCUGCUGCUAACAUCUUGGUGCGAGAUACCACAGCACACCUUCAGAGGUCUUGUGGAGUCCAGGACGGGUCCGAGCUGUUUAGGCGGCAUAAGGGGGAGCUACACAAUAUUAGUUGGUUAGAUGGUUUUAAUGUUAUGGCUGAUCGGUAUAUAAGCAUAAAAUGUAUCUAAUUUCUCUCUGCUGUUUGUUUUUUCCUACAAUUAUUGUUUGUUUUUUUAUUAUAUUUAUGAUAAGAUUAUAUGUAGAAAUCCUACCUACAUUUAUGUAUGUGUUUUGCUUUUGAUAUAUAUUUUUUACUAUCAGUGUGUUUAUUGACAGUGAUGCAAAAACUUUAUUGAAUACCUCAAGCAGAAGUCUGACUUGAUUGUUAUCAAAGUGCUUCAGUGCGAUGAUCCGUUGAAGAGAGCGAAACAUUUCAGGAGGAUCUCCGUAACGAUCAGUAGACAAAGAUAAUGAUGCUGACCUGGACCCAAUCUCUUCCACUGUAUAAUCAAACUCACUGAUGUAUUUGAUAAUAGUUUUCUAAGACCAUCAUUUAUAUUAUUUAUCUAGAAUGCAGUCCACAAUGCAUGUUCCACACACUCCACUAAUUAAACCGACACUGUGUUUAAUUAUUAUCAGUAAAACUAAUGCCCGAAUGUAUAGCCGUGUCAUUGAAACAUGGGGGAUGCAACAGCAUUCAAUAAAAACUUGCCAUGAGACAGUGGGAUGCUGAAGAAACAGCGUUUGUGUAACACUUAACACAUAACACUUUGCUCUGUGACGACAGGAUAUAGAAAGUAGAAGUGUGUAUUUCUCUAGAGUUUGCCUAAACACCAAAUACAAACUGCACCGAGUGAAGGCCAAACUUGGUGCAUCUGCUCCGGAUCAACAUUACAGAGAAGACUCUGUGUAUUUUUGCACACUGGCCCAACAUGCUAAAGCGGAUUUAGAACUUGCCCAGAUCUACAAAGAAUAUUACUGCACCUGACCCAAAUCUGGGGCAUGUCCAGUUGUUAUUUUGAAUAUCUGGCACAAGUGUCGCACACACCCGGGUCCAAAUGAACAUAUAUACUAACCCCACUGAUAAAUACUAUAUAUAAAACUGUAUAAUUUUAUCUGAAUGUUCAUAAAGUAAAAACUAUCAGGGGCAUGGCGGUUUAGUGGUUAGCACAUUUGCCUCACACAUCUGGGGUUGGGGAUUUGAUUCCCACCUCCGCCCUGUGUUUGCGGAGUUCGUAUGUUCUCACCAUGCUUCAGGCUAUAGGCUGAUUGGCAUGCCUAAAUUGUUGGCACCCCAUACAGUGCGUCCCCUGCCCUGUGCACCGAGACCCCAGGGAUAGGAUCCCACGACCCUGUGUAGGAUAAGCUGUACAGAAAA